GCAGCCGGGGGAGGAGGGGAGAGAGCGGCCGAGAGGAGGGCGCUGGGGAGGGUGGAGACACAUGCGCGCUGCCUGCCACCGCCGCCGCUGCAGUCCUUAGCUUCCCCAGGACAGGAAACCUUCGAGACCGAGCUGCCACUGCCGCCUCUUCGUCAGCCCCUCUUCUGCGCCUGCCACUCCGUCCUCCCCUUCUCCCAGCAUCUCUCGGUGGAGCGCUGCAGGAACUCGGCACUUGGUGCCGGCUCCCCUUCCCGGGGUAAAGCUGUGACGCCCCCCGCUGCAGCGGCGGAGCGGGGUGGGGGUGGGGGCCCGGGAGAAGAUGGCGACGCCGGGAAGCGAACCCCAAUCUUUCGUCCCUGCCCUCUCCGUGUCUACUCUGCACCCACAUCAUCAUCACCACCACCACCAUCAGCACCACGGAGGAACCGGAGCCAACGGCGGGGUUGCGGGAGGCAGCGGCGGCAGCAGCGGGGGCUUCAACCUACCCUUGAACCGGGGGCUGGAACGCGCACUGGAGGAAGCCGCCAACUCUGGGGGGUUGAACCUCAGCGCUAGGAAACUGAAGGAAUUUCCCAGGACCGCGACCCCCGGGCACGACCUCUCGGACACGGUGCAGGCAGAUUUAUCUAAGAACAGACUGGUUGAAGUUCCAAUGGAAUUGUGCCACUUUGUAUCACUGGAAAUUCUUAAUCUGUAUCAUAAUUGUAUCAGAGUCAUUCCUGAGGCCAUCGUUAAUCUGCAGAUGCUGACUUACUUAAACUUGAGUCGAAAUCAGCUGUCCACCCUGCCCGCCUGCCUGUGUGGUCUGCCUCUCAAAGUCUUAAUUGCAAGUAACAACAAACUUGGAUCGCUGCCAGAAGAGAUUGGUCAGCUCAAACAGUUAAUGGAGUUGGAUGUCAGCUGCAACGAGAUCACAGCCUUGCCCCAGCAGAUAGGUCAAUUGAAAUCUCUACGAGAACUGAAUGUCAGAAGGAAUUACCUUAAAGUUUUACCACAAGAACUAGUAGAUCUUCCCUUGGUAAAGUUUGACUUUUCCUGCAAUAAAGUGCUCGUGAUUCCCAUUUGUUUUAGAGAGAUGAAGCAGCUGCAAGUAUUACUACUUGAAAAUAACCCUUUGCAGUCUCCUCCAGCACAGAUUUGCACAAAGGGAAAAGUGCACAUAUUCAAGUAUCUGAGCAUACAAGCCUGUCAGAUUAAAGCAACUGACUCUCUCUAUCUGCACACGAUGGAGAGGCCACAAUUACACCAGCAUGUGGAAGACAGCAAGAAGGAUUCUGAUUCAGGCGUUGGAAGUGAUAAUGGAGAUAAGCGAUUAUCGGCCACAGAGCCUUCUGAUGAAGACACUGUUAGCCUUAAUGUUCCAAUGUCAAAUAUCAUGGAAGAAGAACAGAUCAUCAAGGAGGACUCAUGCCAUCACCUUAGUCCCAUAAAAGGGGACUUUCGUCAGGAAUUUCGAUCAAAGCCUUCCCUUGGUGACAAUGACAACUCUGGAGAAGAAAGAGACCAAUUUACCCAUGGAACAGAUGUUCUCCACUCGGAAUUUAUAAAUUAUAUUAAGGAUAGGGCAGAAGACUGUGAAGAACUGUUACGGAUAGAAGAGGAUAUACACUGGCAGCCCGAGGGAAUUUCAUCUAAAGACCAGGAAAUUACUACAGCGAUGAUUGAACAGCUGAGAGAAGCAGUAGAUUUGCUGCAAGAUCCCAACAGAUUAAGCACCGAUAUAACAGAGAAAAAUGUGGUAAACUUUUAUCCAAAGGAAUCAGCAGAAGCCUUAGAAUUACAAGAUUCUGCACUGAAUGGUCAAAUGCAGCUGGAGCCAUCUCCGGUGUGUGAGGUGCAAAAUAAUAUAACAUCACAGAGUAAUGGGAGUGAAUAUUCUCCAAAUAAGAUUAGAGAAAACUCCCCUGCAAUCUCUCCUACCACCAGCAGUACAGCUCCGUUUGGCCUGAAGCCUCGAUCAGACCCAGCCCUCACUCUUCCUCCUAUCUCCUUCAACACACUUACACAGGCACAAACAUGGGACAACUCUAGCUACAGUGUUCCAUCUGAAGGAGACAGUGACAAUGUGUUUCUAAGACCUCAGAGAAAUUUGGAAUCUAUAGACCCGCAGUUUACAAUUCGGAGGAAAAUGGAACAAAUGAGAGAAGAAAAAGAACUGAUGGAACAACUCCGUGAGAGCAUUGAGAUGAGACUCAAGGUCAGCCUGCACGAAGAUCUGGGGGCUGCGCUCAUGGAUGGUGUUGUCCUCUGCCAUCUGGUCAAUCACAUCCGCCCGCGAUCUGUUGCAAGCAUCCACGUCCCCUCACCAGCAGUUCCCAAGCUUAGCAUGGCCAAAUGCAGAAGAAAUGUGGAAAACUUUUUGGAAGCAUGCCGAAAAUUAGGAGUACCAGAGGAAAAACUAUGUCUACCCCAUCACAUCCUUGAAGAGAAAGGCCUGGUCAAAGUGGGCAUUACUGUUCAAGCAUUGCUAGAUGUGACUAUAACGAAGGCUGUAUUCACUUGAAACCAACUCCUGUCCUUUGGGUCGGCCCAAACCCUUCUCCCAUCAGAGAUCCUGAACUCUGCUCUCGGCACCAGUUCCCCCAUCCUCCCACCCAUUGCCUGUGUUCAUGAGUCUAGUUGCAUUUAAGGGAGGACCUAAGAGAAGAUUUUCUACCUUUCAGAACUGACCUCCGAAAUUAAGAUGUGACAGGUAUUUAUCUUGAAGCCAGUGAGGGAGCUGGUUACGAAGAACUAACAGCACAUCAAUGCCUUUACAACCUCCUGCACCCCUUCCAUGCUCACCCACUGCCAUUACCAAAAUACCAAGCACAACUAUUUUGCAGCAACAUGCACUUGUUUCACUAAAGCCAAACUCAUUGUAUAUUUAGUGGGGGGAUGAGGGGGGACUUGAUCAAGUUUUUCAUCACCAAAUUUUUCAAGAAAUUUCUUGAGACCAUUGCCUUUUAAAAAUCUAUUUUCGACAUACAAAAUAUUUAUAUAAAUGUUAUUUAUUAGUGAGUUGUUAUUCAUCCUUUGGAUGCAAAUUGUAAAUUAGGAAACUAUUUUAUUACUGCUUUUUUGUGGUUAAACACUUUUUAAAUUAUAAAUAUUGAGUUAUUUUCUAUCCUCUUUGGUGUGCAUAGUUCUGGGUCUCAAUAAUCAUGUUUUCUGGUAUAUAUAACUCAGAAAAAAACAACAGGUGCUUCUGUGACAAGAGCUGUUUUCUGGGGAGGCAUUACUUACACUUUGGUUUAUAGAACAUUGGUCUUGUUUAUAUUUCUGCAUUCCAUCCAGUUUCCUACAUUCCAGCAGCCCUGUUGUCCCAUGAUACAAUAAACUGACUGAAAUCAAGAGAGCACCCCAAAGUUAUUUGUAAAUAGCUGUGAUGAGGAAAAAGACAUUAAACUUGAAGAUAAAAUGUGAACAGUUAUUUUUUGAAUUCAUACAUAUUUUGCUAUACACAAAACAUUCACAUUUUAACACAAAGAAGUAAUGUGUUAGCAUCAUCUAUCUUGAAGUAUAAUUUUGCACUGUAACUUGGGAAUUAAAGAAGGCUAGCACCAAAGGAAAUAAGGAAAUGGCAUAGGAAAGUGGAGAUGAUACUAAGUUUAUUGUUUAACCAAAAAGUUUCUUAAAGGGCAGCUUUCAACUGAGAGUGAUCAAGAGCUAUGUCAGACACAUAAGACCUGGAUCAGGAAACCAGCACUUCCUACAACUGCCAGUUUUCAAAGAGAAAAGAUUUUGAGAUGUGGACAUGCUCAUUUUAUUGUAAUUUAGUUGGUGGCUUUCAGAGUAGCCCAUAAAACACUGCAAGAUUCAUGGUUUCUGGAGUGAAACUAUAAAAGUAAGUAAGUUGGUGAGUUAGCUGCAUGCAAAAACGGGGUGUUGGGGGGGCGGGGGGCGCUAGGGGAAGGUUGCAUUUGUGAGGCUGGGUGGCCUAGCAGGGAGCUAGUUCAAAGGAAACAUGAUUAAAAAGAGCCAGCAAAGGAAAGGUACCCGUGUUGGUCUGAGAGACUCACACAAGACUUCCCAGACACAACAGACCGUUGGUAGGCAGUUACAUGAAUGAGCCUUCACCCUGCUGUCCGGAUAUUCCAGUCAGUCACCUUUCACAGUCUUAUGAAUGCUCACUGCCUCUUUACCUCUGUGAAAAGCCAUUGUAAGUUUUUAGAGCAGCAGCAGCCACAAUUUGUAAGAGAAAUAAAAGGUGAGCACAAAAGAAAAGACACCAGGAAGAUGAUGUGCACUGAGCACAACAUCAGCCAAGGCCACGGCUGCCCUCUGCUCUGGGCAAGGUGAGAGAUUACUGAACAUGGUGGUUUGAAUUUGCAGCUUUCAGUUCUUUUCUAUUAAAUGUACUGUGCACUUUAACCUAACUUAAAAUAUAUUUUAAUAUUUUUCUGUACUGCACAAAUACCUGUUGUCAAAUAGCAUAAUGAUAUAAACAGAAAGUCAUUUUGAACAAGGAGCAUAUUCAAUAUAAGCAACAUUCAAAGGUUGGUUAUAGAAAUAGGAGUUUUGAUUGCUGCACCUUAAUGGGCAUUCAGAUACAGGGUCCUGAAAUAAUUUUUUAUGUGUAUAUAUGGCAACAUGAAGCUCUGUAAUCCUUGUUUUGAGAGUUUUUUUUUAAGAUUAAAAUUGUUCUUUUGAUAUUAAUUUUAAGUAUUUUCUUGAAGUUGUCUAUAUAAUACAAAUGGCUUCUAUAUUUUGUAAAAUGGCUUUCUUUUAAAUGCAGCUCUUGUGUAGCUAAAAAUAUCUUUAAGAUAGUUGUACACUGUUUAUAUGUGCAAUAAAAUGUGCAUGGCCAGCUAACAGUACCAUCAGUGGACAGAAUGUACGUAGUGCAAAUCGCCUUCCUUUUCUUAUUUAACGACCAUUAAAACUUUGAAUGUGGA